AUGAGAUUACUAUUAAUCUUAACCGCAAUUGCGGUGCAAUUAUGUGUUACAUGGGGUGCUACCAAACCCCGGGUAGUUUGCUACUGGGCCAAUUGGGGCAGUAUGACACCCGAGCAAAUAGACCCGACCCUAUGUACGCACAUUCACUAUGCUUUCCAUGUUAUGGACGAUAAACAUAACACAAUUGUGGACUCAAAAGGAUCGCCACAACCGGAUCUAUACAACAGACUACUGGCCCUCAAACAAAAGAAUCCGGAACUACAGGUCGUGGUGUCGGUGGGCGGUUGGGGUCAACCGGACAUUAAGUUUUCACGUGUGGUUAACAGCCCGGAGCUGAGGAAAGGGUUUAUCGCCAAUACUAUAGCCUAUAUCCAGAAGUAUAAGUUCGAUGGACUGGACAUAGACUGGGAGUACCCGGUCUGCUGGACCGGUAACUGUACGGCUGGGCCUAAGUCUGAUCGGGAAAAUUAUGGAGUGUUUGUCAAGGAAAUAAGGGCUGCGUUUGAAAAACUUACUCCAAGGCUAACCAUAUCGGCGGCAGUGGUGGCCGGGGCUGGCAUUGCCGACAAGGCCUACGAUUAUAAGGCUAUUGGCGAGUAUGUCAUUUAA